CCGGGAUAAUUGCAGGUUGUAGUUGGCCAUCUGACGGCGUCAGGUGUUGUUGGCUUGUAAGGCCGUUAGCAUUUGUCUCGGCCGUCAAGUCGUCGUUGGUGUCUGCGCUUGUCUGCGUCUUGCGUCGUGGAGGCGGCAUGUACCACCACAUGGUAGCCAACUGCUCUGACUCCCCUGACGAUGAAGAGGAGAGGUUGUGUUAUAUUCGUGAGCUCAAUAUUGAGGAUUUUGAAGUCCUGACCCUCCUUGGCAAAGGCUCCUUUGCCUGUGUUUACCGGGCAAAAUCUCUCAAGACGGGUCAAGAGGUUGCCAUCAAAAUGAUUGACAAGAAAUUGAUGUGCAAAGCUGGGUUGGUCCAGCGUGUAAGACAAGAGGUAGAGAUUCACUGCCGCUUAAAGCACCCUUCGAUAGUUGAGCUGUACAACUUCUUUGAAGAUGAGAACUACGUCUACUUGGUUUUGGAGAUGUGCCAUAACGGGGAGAUGAACCGCUACCUGAAAGAGCGCAAGGUGCCAUUUUCUGAGGAAGAAGCAAGACUCUUCAUGGAUCAGAUCGUGAACGGGAUGCUCUACUUGCACACUAACCACAUCAUUCAUCGGGAUCUGACUUUGUCCAACCUGCUGCUCACCAAUAACAUGGAAAUUAAGAUCGCAGACUUCGGCCUGGCAACUCAACUCAAACUCCCCAACGAGAAGCACUACACCAUGUGCGGGACGCCCAACUAUAUCGCCCCCGAGGUGGUAACCCGCGGCCCUCAUGGCCUGGAAUCGGACGUAUGGUCCCUGGGCUGUAUGCUCUUCGCCUUCCUCACGGGCCGCCCUCCGUUUGACAUGGACACGCUCAAGCACACGCUUUCCAAGGUGGUAUUUGGGGAGUACAAAAUGCCCAACCACAUUUCUCAGCAGGCCCAGGAUCUGAUCCAUCAGCUGCUGCAGAGAGAUCCCGCCCUUCGGCCCACCCUGCCCACGGUGCUGGACCAUCCUUUUAUGACCCGGGGGCUGAAGGGCGAGUCCAAACAGCUGGGCCAGGGUGUCUUCUCCUCCAUGGACAGUGGUAUUGCCAACAUUUCCACAGGCUUCACCUCCUCCACGUCAGGCAGCAGCGGCAGCCGCCUCCAGAGCAAGAUGAGGCACGCCGUGGGCUCGGCCCUGCCCAGCCGCAUGGCGGCCGUGCCCGGUCUCUCACUCCAGUCCAGCCGGCCCUGUUUUGAAGAUGGACUCCAGUGGCAGCAGCAAUAUCAGCAGCAGCAGCAGCAGCAGCCGCUUUCGCUGGACAGGUUUCACAAUGAAGGCAGAGGCAAGCCGCCUUACAGAGGAGGGAGUGACCAGCCCCUUUCCCGCUACCCACAUACAACCCACUCCUCAGACCACUCUGGCUCCUCUGGACCGCUUCAAGGGCCCGGUCAGGCCGAGCAGGGCCGGUAUCACUCAGAAGAAUCACUGACAGGCGCCGGAAGACGACUCUUCCCUUUGUCCUCCACUCCUCAUUCAUUCUCUGACCGUGGGCAGACACCGUCACCUCCUGUCAAGCAGUCUGCAAAUUCAGGGUACUUCUUAUCCACAAAGACGGCACAUCCACCAGACCUCUAUCAAGAUGUGGAGGGAGUUACUAACUGGCUCAAAAACGAUGGUUGUGGUCUGGGGCCCGCUGACAGAAGCGCUCACAGCAGCAGCAGGAGCAGCCUCACUUUCCACAGCGACAGAGGACAGGGCUCGUGGAUGGAAAAGCCCGUAAACCUGAAUCGCCCCCAACCCUCCGGCCUGGACGUGUACCAGAGAGCGAAUAUACCCGGAGCCCACUUCCAGCCUCCUCACUGCGCCUCCGCCUCCUCCUCCUCCUCCUCACAGCUGCCCUCAGCUAAAGCCGACGUAGGCAAGGAGAAGACGACGCUGAGGGAUCUUGUCCCGCCUCUGUGCGCCUCCAGACUGAAGCCCUUCAGAAAGAAGGCCAAAAAUACUCUUGUGACCCUCCUAGACACGGGUGAGGUGUGCAUCGAGGUCUUAACGUGCCAAAAUGGACAGGAGAGGGUGAAGGUUGUCCUUCGGCUUUCCUCUGAUGGAUCAAUGGCGACGAUAUACAAGCCCAAUGGCGGGAAAGGUUUUCCUGUGCUGGACUGGCCGCCUGCUCCCCCGGAAGAUCCAGAAGAUAUUCACAUUUGCAGUUAUGAGGAUCUCCCAGAAAAAUACUGGAAGAAGUACCAGUAUGCCUCGAAGUUGUUGCAGCUGGCCAAGUCCAGCACCCCCAAAGUGACGCUUUACACCAAGUACGCAAAGGUCAUGUUGAUGGAGAAUUCCCCCAACGGCGAUUUGGAGGUCUUCUUCUACGACGGGGCAAAGAGCCACAAGACAUCGGAGCUGCUGCGCGUGGUGGAGAAGAGCGGCAAGUCGUACACGGUGAGGGGCGAGGCGGGCUUGAGCGGCCUGAGCGCCGAGAGCCGCGUCUACGCUGAGCUGUCGGGGAAGGCCCACCGCUUGUGUCUGGCGCUGGAGGCCGCCAUCACGCUGGAGGAGCAACGCGAGAAGGUUCCUUUCUUCCCCAUCACCAUCGGAAGGAGGCCCGUCAUCCCCGACUCUCAGUUCUCGUCGUCACUUCCCUCCCAGCCUGCGCCUGCUGAUCAACUUCCAAAAAUCACUCCUUCGAUGAACUCCUAUGACGCCGCUGACUUCAGCUCGGGCAGCUUGAGUAAGAAAAGCUCCCCCGCGUGCCAGGAUGUCCUGCAGAACACGCAAAACCAAGUGAUAAAAUCCGUUUUUGUGCCCAACAUGGGUUGGGCCUCGGAGCUGACCAGUGGCGGAGUGCGGGUGCUUUUCAACGACGGCUCUCAACUGUUGGUACAGCUCGGAUUUCCCAGCUUCGAGUACACGUCUCCUGAGGGACGUGUCACCAGAUACAAGGAGAACGAGAAUUUUCCCAAGCACGUGUUGGAGAAGGUGCAAUGCCUCAACACCAUCCUCGAGUGGUUGCACAACCCGCCAUUUCAUCAUCCGCAAGCACAUUAACAUUUACUUCUUUACCCUCUU